AUGUGUCGGUUAUAUUGUUUGUUCUUUGUCAGCUUUGCUUUGUUUUUAACUGAAGGAGCCAACGCAAGCGCAUUAGCCAGAUCUGUAACAGUUACUGUAGACCCAUGUGUUAACUAUUGUCAAAAUGGCGGUGUAUGUUCGUUGAUCUCUAACUUACACUGUGAAUGUUCUUGGGAAUAUUUGGGAGACAGAUGCCAAGAGGAAGUUUUUGUGCUGAGACAUAAUUUCGCGGACAAAAAAGAGCUGACACUGACAGGAGAUCUAAAAGACUGGCCUGAGCUUGGUCCAGAUGGUGAAGCUUUUAUUGGCCGAAUAAACAGGAAUCAGGAAUUCUGGCUUUCAACGACACAUGUUGAAACAACUGGAACUGACGUCUGUGUCAGCUUUACAUACAGAAUGGAAGAGGAAGGCUGCAUCCUAUCCCUCUUCUUUCAAAAACCGAAUUUUUACCAUCCUAUCCUAAAAAUUGAGAAACCACAGAAUGGCUACCGCAAAUGGAGCGUUCUUCGAUACGACAUGUCAAAUCAGACUCUCCCAAAAGAUCUUCGAUUCGCAAUCUAUGGAAGCACGAAAAGUAGUAACGGCAGUCUCUACAUCGAUGACGUCAUAAUCGCUGAACGUAAAUGUGCCGAGGUGUUUGGGGCAUAAAGUAAUAAAAGAAUUA